AUGGAGCAAGAAACCAAAAUCUACAUUAUCCUCAGCGUCGUCGCCGGCACGCUUGUCCUCUGUGCCGCCACUGUCGUCAUUCUCUUUUUCUGGGCAAGAACUCGCAAAAGGACCCGAGGCUUCACUCUCCGAUCCGUCACUCCGCUCGACGACGCUGAAUUCGAAUCAUGGCGACGGCCCAGCCAACACGCCGACAAGUACGGCAUCCGCCCAGCGCCAGUCGUGCUACGAGAACGCGUGUGCUCCAGGACUCCGUCCAUGUUUGAGAAGGAGCUCAGCACAUAUGAAUUCCCUCCACGAACACCAUCCUUGACAGACGCGCCCUCGCUCAAGUCACCCACCAGUUCCAUCCGAAGGCCCGAACAAGCACGAAGAAAGUCCAGCGUCACCUCUUCCCUUGCUGACCGACCUCCGACACCGUACUCUCCUUCAUCACCCAGCGGGGAAUUCAACCGUGCAUCAGUCUCUUCCCGUCGGUCGCAGCCUCUGAUACACUAUCCGUCAGUAUCAGAGGCUUCGGCAUUCCGCUUCAACUUUGAGGCUGAACAGAAGCGCAAUGGAACCUGGAUAUAA